AGAAACUCUUACCUCUAACACACCAAUAAGCUAGAAAUCCCUCAAAAAAAUAAUAAAUAAAUAAAUUCUCUACUUUUCUAUUUGAUUUUCCUUCUUUAAAAUCCCAAUUACAAUCCAUUUUUCUAGUCCCUUUAGAUGAAACAGAGAGAGCAGAGACUGUGUCUGAUUAGAUAUACACCCACUUCCUUGUUCUUCCAAUUUUGAUCUAAAUUUUGCGGUUUUCUUAUUUUUGGGUUGUAAUUCUCUUCAAUUAUUGACAGAUGCAGAUGGGUUUUGAGGAAUCUUGGGUGUUUCUGAUAUGUAAUUUUCAUCUCUUUGUUGCUCUGACUUGAUCUGUAAUGACCAUAUUAUAGAAUUACUAUAAGGAAAAAAAAAGUUGUUAAACAUGUAAUUCUGCUCUGUUCUUUGGAUUCUCUUUUUUCUGCUUCUGAUGGUUACGUGAUCGAGUGUACUUUGUCAAUUCUGAUUAUCUGAUGGUUUUGAUGACCUGGGUUUCUCAAAAAAUGGAUUAUUGUGAAGAAAAAUGCUUUUGUUUUUUAUAUCCCCUGUUUUUAGAACGGUUUGUGUUGAUUUUGCUUGCCUGGUUAAUUUUUGAUCAGGUCAAUGAUCGACAUAACAUUUUUUAGUAAGUUUACGUGAACAGGAGUGUCUCCUCCUUAUUUGGGGAAUUCUUUUCUUUCCGGGUUUUCUUUUGACUGUGGAAUAUCCUUUUCAUGGAGAACUAGUAUUCUUCUCUUCAAAGUUUUCUUCUUUCGGUGCUUCCUCUUUAAAUUUCGUGGUUUAAACUUUCUGUUUUCUUUUUUACCAUAUCUACGAGCUUUUCUUCCAUUGUUUUUGUGGUUUUGGUGUCUCUGUGCUUGGCCAUUUUUGCUCUCCGGUCUCAAUUUGGAUCAUCCAACCUGUUCUUUUUUUUUUUGGUUUUGGCCAAUCAUUGGAUGAUCCGACUUUGCAAACUUAUUUGGUUUUGAUCAUCUGAGCCUCUCCUAUUGGAUAACAUUGCUCACUUGGUUUAAAAUAUACCCUUUGGUUUGUGAUUUGUGAAAUUAUCACAUAGUUUGUGGUUUAAAAUAUUUUCUUUUCUCUUGUUGUGAUAUAAGGAGUUUUAUGAGAAUCCUUUUUUCCUUUUCUAAUUGUAGGUUUGAGACUUGAAGUUUGCUGAUCAAUCCAUUAUUUAAGCAAUUUAGAUCAUCUCAUUUGCCAAGUUUGGGCACUGCAAAACUUGGGCAGUGCCCAUGGAUGCCACAACAAGCGGAAACCCUACUAUACAAUACCAUAACAUAACCGAUCAACCAAUUACUGCUAUUGUUGCUGCUCCUGUACCCACAUUUCAGCGACAAGUACGUCAUUGCUUUGGGGACUCCACUCCUGGAGAAUUCCCCUUAGCUGCCAAUCCUUCCAUUGUUCUUCAUGUCCUCACCGCGUGUAAUUUGGACCCUCAAGAUCUUGCAAAACUAGAGGCAACAUGCUCCUUCUUUAGGCAGCCGGCAAACUUUGCCCCUGAUUAUGAAUUGUCCAUAUCGGAGCUUGCUGCUCUUGACAUGUGCAGGAAAAGAGCUAUAUUUAAGCCAAUGACUGAUGAAGAACGUCAAAGUUUGAAGCAAAGAUGUGGGGGAUCGUGGAAAUUGGUCCUGAGGUUUCUGCUGGCUGGGGAAGCAUGUUGCAGGAGGGAGAAAUCACAGGCAAUUGCAGGGCCUGGUCACAGCAUUGCUAUAACUUCAACAGGAGUAGCUUACUCUUUUGGCUCUAAUAGCUCUGGACAGUUAGGUCAUGGCACUACUGAAGAAGAAUGGCGGCCUCGGCAAAUAAGAUUUUUGCAAGGCAUUCGAAUUAUCCAAGGUGCUGCUGGGGCUGGCAGGACAAUGCUAAUUAGUGAUGCUGGGAGAGUUUAUGCCUUUGGAAAGGAUUCCUUUGGCGAAGCUGAAUAUGGGGUUCAAGGAACUAAACUAGUUACAACUCCACAGCCUGUUGAGUCUUUGAAAGACAUAUUUGUGGUGCAAGCUGCAAUUGGAAACUUCUUCACAGCUGUAUUAUCCAGAGAGGGCAGAGUUUACACAUUCUCUUGGGGCAAAGGUAGCAAGCUUGGACACCAGACUGAUCCAAAUGAUGUGGAGCCCCAGCCUCUGUUGGGGGCACUGGAGAACAUACCAGUGGUGCAAAUUGCAGCUGGAUACUGCUACCUUCUUUGCCUGGCUUGUCAACCAAGUGGCAUGUCAGUUUACUCUGUCGGGUGUGGCUUGGGUGGAAAGCUUGGACAUGGCUCAAGAACUGAUGAAAAGUACCCUCGAUUAAUUGAACAAUUUCAACUUUUGAACCUUCAGCCAAUGGUGGUUGCUGCCGGUGCUUGGCAUGCCGCUGUUGUGGGUCGGGAUGGAAGGGUUUGCACAUGGGGUUGGGGACGUUAUGGGUGCUUAGGUCAUGGAAAUGAAGAGUGUGAAUCAGUUCCUAAGGUGGUAGAAGCAUUAUGCAAGGUCAAAGCAGUUCAUGUCGCUACAGGGGACUAUACAACCUUUGUGGUAUCUGAUGAUGGUGAUGUUUACUCUUUUGGUUGUGGGGAAUCUGCUAGCCUAGGACAUAAUACUGGUGCUGAAGGACAGGGAAACAGGCAUGCUAAUGUGUUGAGCCCCGAACUGGUAAUGUCAUUGAAGCAAGUGAAUGAACGGGUGGUACAGAUCAGCCUUACAAACUCAAUAUACUGGAAUGCCCAUACAUUUGCACUCACCAAGUCAGGGAAGCUUUACGCAUUUGGUGCAGGAGAUAAAGGUCAGCUAGGCGUAGAGCUAGUUAACAACCAGACAGAAAGGGUAAACCCUGAGCGGGUUGAUAUUGAUCUCAAUUAGUAAUUCAAUGGGUUUCCCCUCCAGUCUCUUAUACCAUGUCAUCCUUUAGCUUAUCAAGUCACAUCACACAUUGCAUUUAGUGUCUAGGUUUACAUGUUUACUUUUGUAAAUAGAAACAAACAAAAGAAUUGUGAAGAUUUAAGUUAGGUAGCAAAGGGUCUAAGCAAAUGCUACUGAGGUCGAUUUCCUAAGAAAAUGGUUAGCACAUAGGCUUUAAGUUGUUGAUAGUUUCCAUUUAUUACAUAUUUAUGUUGAAUUGCAUUCUUAAAUUCACUGAUACUCAACUGGUAGAAAAUCGAUGAUUCCAAAAUGAAAAUCAUGUGGUUUUGGGUGAAGGGAAUAUGAAACUGAAAGGCGAGCAACUAGAUUUGUACCAAUGGACUUGCCCAAAUACAAAAGUAAUGCACCGGACAAAAGGCCCAACUAAAAACACAGAGCUGAAAAAGGGGAUGGGAA